ACUAAACUUUACUAGCUGAGAGACCUAAACAGUUUCAUUUCUAGAAACUUGUAGAAACAUCAAUAACUAUUUAGUCACUAUAGAACACAGAUAUACAUUUUUUUCUUAUUACCUAUCUGUACAUAUAUUCAUAUAUUCUAGAUCUAGACAUAACUAAAAUCUAAAUAUUCUGCUAGUAGUCUAGAUCGACUACUAAAAACAAAUUCCGAUCUCUAUUAACAAUAAGAAUUCAGUUCAUUCAAAUUCAAUCAAGGAUUUAAAAAAAAGAAGAUAAAAUAUGUCAUCUGAAGAAAGUGGAGGUCAGAAUGGCCAUGCCCCGAAAAAUUUAAAAGGACUUCUUAGGUUUUGUAUGGAAGCAACCAGAUCAGAAGAUGCCCCAAAUAGUUCUGAAAUCAUGGAGCCAAUGUCAGAAGAUAGACGAAAAUGGCUGGAGGAAGCUUUGACAUCAAUGUCUGUAAACCCAGUGGAACGGAUGACCAGCUGUGUAAAAGCAAUUCAGGAAGCUGUGAGUGACACAGAAGAGGGUACAGAACAACAGAUAAUGGCUGUGUCUGAGCUUCAAGACUGGGGAGAAGACCUUGACAUUGCUGGAGAUUUUAUAAAGAUCAAUGGAUUGUGUAUUGUUCCAAAACUUCUUAGCAGUGAAGUUAGUGAACUAAGGUGGAGGUGUCUUGAACUUUUAGGAAAUUUGUCACAGAAUAAUCCAGUAGCUCAAACAGCGCUGUUGACACUCAAACUGCUGCCAGUAUUUCUUCAUAUGAUAGACAGUGACCCCAACCCAACAGUUCAGAUAAAAGCUCUCUAUGCUGUUUCUUGUCUUGUUAGAAACAAUAGUGAAGCUCAAACUCAACUCUUGGCACAUGAUGGUCUUCCUGUACUGCUACGUGCACUGCAUAGUGAGGAAGAAAAACUCAGGGUUAAGGCUACAUUCAUGAUCUCAUCUAUUUGCAGCUCAAACCCAGCACUCAAAGAUAGCCUGGUUGAAGUAGGUGUUGUGGAGAAGCUUGUUGCCCUACUGAAAGAAGAAGAGCAUGGUCACACCCACGAGCAUAUCCUGUCGGCACUCCUUACAAUAGUCACUGACCAUGUUGUUGCUUGGAAUAAGUGUUGCUCUGGUGAACUGGGCUUAAAAACAUUUUUAACUCAAAGGAUUCAGUUUUUAGAAGGGAAAGAACAGUUUAAGGAGGAGAAGGAAUAUGCUGAACAGUUGUUACAAGUUCUGAACACUAAGCCUGAUAAACCUAACCCUACUACCAGGUCUUCAUCUAGUCAGCUCAUGUUAGCUAUAUGAUCUGAUUAGUCUCAUUAGUACUUAUUUUUUUGUUUGUUAUUUACACAUUUAUUUACAUUUUUUAAAAAUCUGACAUACGAUGUGAGUGCAUGAUUUUAUCUGACUAUAUGGAUAGUUUGUUCUUUCAGUUCGCCAAUAUGGUUUAACCGUCUGUAAGAUAAAUAUUUUAUAUAGGAACAAACCGUCUGUAAGAUAAAUAUUUUAUAUAGGAACAAACCUUGCAUUGUCAAAAAAAUUUAAUUUAAAGACUAAUUUAAUUUUUUUUCUAAAUGUUUAGUUGAGAUCGCUGAACUUUUUUCUACAUUUAAAUCCAAAACAUAAUCUUUUUAAACCAGUGAGGCAGUUGUAUGAUGUUUGCUUUAAGAUUACAGUGUACAUAGAUUUAUCUGUUUAUUUGUGCAUUUGUUUUAUUUAAGUGAGUGUAUUUUGUAAAAUAAUGGUUUCAACAAAAUUUCUUGCGUUUCGUUUUAGUUUUAAUACAUCUAGCACUGAAUGCGACAAUACAGGAAAAUCUGUAGUGAAUUGUGUGGUGAGCAUAUUUAGGAUUGAGAAAAGAUCAAAACCCAGAAUCAUUUUAUAUCAAAUUGGGAAUAAUAAUUUUUUUUUAAA